AGCAAUAAUGAUGCAGAGCAACCGGAUGACGACGACGUUGAAGAUGUCCAACCUGCUGCUAGCACUGGCCUGCGCCGCCGUGCUGAUGGGCUCGUCGCUGGCGGAGGAGGAGGAGGUAUCCAUGACCGUGGACGAGGUGGUGGAGCUGAUAGAGCCCUUUGGCGAAGGCUGCACCCCUAAGCCGUUGCGGGAAAACAUCGUCGAGAUGGUGCUGAACAAGGAGGACGCCAAGCACGAGACCAAGUGCUUCCGCCACUGCUUGCUGGAGCAGUUCGAGCUGAUGCCCGAGGGUCAGCUGCAGUACAACGAGGACAAGACCCUCGAGAUGGUCAACAUGAUGUUCCCGGAUCGCGAGGAAGACGGCCGGCGCAUCGUCAGGUCCUGCAACGAGAAGAUGAAGGCGGAGCAGGACAAGUGCGAGGCCGCCCACGGGAUCGGCAUGUGCAUGCUCCGCGAGAUGCGCUCCUCGGGCUUCAAGAUUCCCGAGGUCAAGGAAUGAGGUCAUGGAGCUGCCACUGGCCCACCAUUGCAUGUUCUCCUCUUUUUUUUUUUUGUUAGUGAUUCAGUUUGAUUUAAAUAUGAAAGCUCGAGAACCUGGAGUGGUUUCCUAAACUAAUAAAGCGCCCAACCAAACGAA